CAACCAAGUUUCAGUUUUCUCCAAACGUCCACCGGCACCCCUCACCACGCUGACACGCCACGAUGGUUGUGGUGGCAGUUCACCAAGCAGCUCAUCCUGCACUUUCUUAUCUUCAGCCACAUCCUCCAGCUCUUCCUGGAGGAUCCUGAGGCAUUCCCAAGCUAGCUGGGAGAUAUAAUCCCUCCAGUGUGUACUGGGUCUUCCCCAGUUGUACGUUUCUGGAAGACCUCCCCAGGGAGACAACCAGGAGGCGUCUUCACCAGAUGCCCAGACCACCUCCUUUCAAGGAUAAAGUGACAUUAUGACUGAUGUCGAGGCCUCUGGGGUGGGGGAGCACCCCCCACCCUACAUGAUCUUUGUGGUGGUUUUUCUCUUCUUCCUCACGGGUCUGCUGGGCUUCCUCAUCUGCCACCUGCUGAAGAAGAAGGGUUACCGCUGCCGCACCGCAGACAUGGAGGAGGAAGAGAAACUGGGAGGAAACUCGGACGAUGAACAUGAUGAGAACCAGGACACAGUGGAGCAGAUCCUUAAAUGCAUCAUUGAAAACGAAGCCAACAUGGAAGCCUUCAAGGAGAUGCUGGGGAAUCAGAAUGUGUGUGUGCGCCACGACCCCAGGUUACGUAAGGAGUCGAUUGGUGGUGUCCCUCUUCAUCACCACACAGUUCAUUCAGGCAGCGCCCAAAACUCCUGCCACCUCUGUGCCCAGGGGCGACAUAAAAAGAACCGACAAAGCAGAGCCCAUCGCUACAAACAGCGGCCUGGAGAGCAGACAGUCUUCUCGGUUGGCAGAUUCCGGGUCACGCACACAGAUAAGAAAGUCCAUGGAGACCCCAGUCCUUUGGUCAGUUCAGGGGACCAACUGGACCAAUCUCAGGACAACGAGGAGCGGAGGGGGUCCGGGUACAACCUGAGGAACAUGUUCAACGAUGUUCGGCCACCUUCAGACAAUUCCAAAGGGGUGGAUCCAAAUGUAGGAAAACGCCGAAAGAGUUUGACUUUAUUUGGACUGAGGCGGGGCAGUGACCCUACUGGGGUUAAAGGAGGAGGAUAUGGCAUAGCUAAGGAGGCUGGUGGCAUGAAAUUUGCUGUUCACCAGCAUCCUGUAGUGUUGGAGGAACCACUGCAAGUUUCUGUUCAGGCAGAGUGCAGUGAGGCUACCUGUGAAAGUGGCACUAAGCCCACAGCUCUUCAAGCACCUCCAUGUGAUGUUAAAACUUCAGGUUCGGUGUGGGAGUCCCUCUCUUCCCAAACUGACAGACAGGACCACGACUCUGAACGUGGCUCUUUGAUUAAGCCCUCUGUUGAGAGCACACAAAUGUCUGUCCCAAGCUCACUACUUCUUCCAGUUUCUGUUCAGAAAACAAAGAAGGCCACCCCAAUUAAUACAGAUUGGGCUCAACAGGGGACACUGGAAAAACCUGAGGAUAUGAAUAGUCCUGGACCACUACAGACCUCCACACCUAUGGGUGUUGGUCCUGCAUCCAUUAGAGGAAUCAGUCCUGUGAUUUCUACUGGUUCCAGCGUUCCUGUUUCCCACACUUCACCCGAAAGAAGCUCCAGUCUUGAUCGGCCUCCAGGAAUUGAUAGUCGAAGCUUAAGUUCUUCUCCUCCCUCAUUCUCAGUCAAAACUCCAUCUUCAGUGUCUUCAUUAAAAAUUCCUGCCUCACCCUUGACAGUCCCAGUGAGCCCCAAACUAAACUCCACCCAAGUGAUUCCAAGCCAAACACUGGUUCCAGCCUCCUCCUUAGGCAGAAGCUCUGGUCUGUUACAAGCUGAUACUCCUUCACCUGAUCUUUCUGCUGGCUCCUCCUCUGAUAUUAUGCAGAUGACACCCCCAAAUCCUCCAACUGACCAAACACCACCCACUGGAACUUCACCUCGUAUGAAUGUAAAGUCUGAAGGUGUGAUGUUGAACACUUCUCUGACCUUGACUGAAGGAGAGGAAGUCUCAAAGCUGUUACCUCAGCUGGAACAAAAACUAGAAGAAGCCAGCAUCUUGAAGACAGGUGAAAAGUCAGCAAAAGAAAGGACUGGGCUUCUCGAAAGAGACAAAUUGUUCCAAAACAAGGGAGAUUUAACAGGGAGUGUGUGUUGUUCUUCUGAAGCCAGACAAAGCAGCUUGCCUCUGUCAGCUUCCACUCUGCUGCCCUCAUCCUCAGCAGCAGGGAGCAGAAUAAGUAGUGUGACCAUUGUCAAAGCCAGCCCUGAAAGUCUGAGGGAGUUUGCUGUGGUCACAAUGGUAGAGAUAGAAAACCCGCCUGCUUCAUCGCACAGCCAGAGCGCAGAGGUUUCUGACGCGGACAGUCACCGAGCAGAGGCUUCUGGUUCAGAAGUUACUCAACCAAAAGAGCAAAGACCACAAAGACCAGAGGUCUUUGGAGAAGACGUUCAGCCGACAAUGAAUCAAGACAAGGACGAUAUGAUGGAGAUGGAGGACAUAAGAAAAUGUAACGUGAUGCAGGUCGAACAGAGAGACAGGAGAUAAGAUUCUGGGCACCACAAGAACCUUAGCAGGAAUGUGACUGAGGGAGAGAGGAGUCGCUCAUACAGAGGUGGAGGACAGCUCGAAUUAAACACCUUUAAUAGUUUAACCACAGCAGGUUAGAUUUACAGAUGGGUUGGGCUCCGCGUUUGACUGAGUGGAUGAUGAAUUUUUAAAAAAGUCAUCAAAUAUUCCUUCAGUGUUCAAUAAAAUAUAUAUAAAAAUAUGUUAGUAAGAUGUUUAAACAUCUUCAUGAACUGGCAACAAAAUAAAAAUGUCAUUAAUAACAGACAUCAGAUCACAGUGCACAACAAACAAACUAAUAAGCUAACAAACAAACAGACAGACUGCUUGUUAUGUUAAGAAUGUUAAGUUCCUAACCCUCAGUGAUUUAUGGUUAUGAAUAUUUUCAAGCUGAUUUCAUCCGUUUAACGGCAUCACGGUGAAAAAGAAGCAAAAAUAAUUUCACAGUGUUGAACAUGUCAAACUCUGAUGUAGCGUUUCUGAAAAAUGUCAUACAGGGGAACAGUGGUUCCCAAACAUUUUCUCUAGGGCCCCCCUGUUGUAGAUAAAUAUAUUUUAUGACACCCCCCCCACCCUCACACACACACAUACACACACUUGGACACCCAAACUCCACUGGAAUUUAUUUUAAACACUGUAAUUUAUACAAAAACUUCUAAUUAAAAGUAUAGGGCCACUGAGCUUUUUAAGAUUUAAGGCAU